AUGGACCAAACCGGCAACGCAAUCGGAUGCAGCACGAAGAUACGACAGGCACAGUCGCCGACUCAAACACAGACACGGACUGCUUCUGUAUCUGCUUCAGCGUCCGUCCUCACACCGGCUCCUCGCGUGGCCUUUUCCGAACAUGCCAUGCGGCACCAGAUUCCGCACUUUUCAUUCUUCAGCCGACUUGCUCUCGUCGGGAGGGCAUCGCCGGGGACACCAUCGACAUCACGGACUGCACGGAAGACCAUGUCUGGUGGCAGAAACAGCAACAUUGACAGCAACAACAACAGCAACAGCAACCACCCCGACAGCGACCGCCGGCUCGUACUCCCAAUCGCGCCGUACAACCAGUCGGCCGAGUGGGCAGCACAUGACGCGCAGUCGCGCGCCGAAGACGCGCAGUAUUUGCGUGCCAAGGGGGCGUUCCUGCCGCCGCGCGACGCACUCGACGACUGUGUGGCAACGUACUUCCGUGUGUUCCAUCCAUUCUUCCCCGUGGUCGACCGGCCGGCAUUCCUGGCACGGUACCGGCAGACGGCCCGUGACGACGAGGUGCAGGACAGUGCCAAUGGCCGGGAGACCGGACCGAGCUUGCUGCUGCUGCAGUCGAUUGUGUUUACGGCCAGCGCGUUUGUCGCGCAGGACCGCCUCACGGCCAUGGGCUUUGCGUCCCGCCACGAGGCGCGCCGUGCGUUGGCCGCCCGCGCCAAACACCUCCACCAGUUUGGCUGGGAGCCCGACGACAUUGCCACCAUCCAGUCCCUGCUGCUCCUGAGCCACGACUACGCCUCCAUGGCCGACCAGCGGCACACGUGGCUGUGGGCGCACCAGGCCAUUGGGCUGGCCCAGGGCGCGGGUCUGCACCGAGCGGCGGCGGCGGCCACGGCCGAUGGGCCAUCCGCCCAGGACGCGCGGCUGUGGAAGCGCAUCUGGUGGGCGUGUCUUGUGCGCGACCGGCUCAUUUCCCUGGGCACACGCCGGCCGAUGCACAUCAACAGCCGGGACUGCAAUGUUCCGCUGCCGACGGCGGCUGAUCUGGCCGAAGACGGCGACACAGACGAAGACCGCGCGACCAAGGCCGUCUUUGCUGAUUUUCUGAAGCUGUGCCAGUGCGUCGAGGGCGUCCUGUUGCUGACAACUGUUGGCGAGGAGGCGGCGUCUUCGUCGCCAGACCGUCUUGCUCAAGAAGUCGCUGUAUGUCGGGCGACGCUGGCCAGCUGGGCGGCUCACCUCAGUCCACCGUCGAGAAGACAGCCGGCUGCCGUGUCUGGAAAGUACCAAAACAAUGAUAACGAACGAGACACGCCACUGGCUGGCAGCAUCUCGUUUCUCUACCAGACCCUCCUUCACCUCAUCCACAACGUCGUCUUGACCACAAUACUACAAACCGGCGCCAACAACGGCAGUGCGCGCGGCAUGGACCGCGAUCCGCUGGUUGCUCCACGCGUCCCGUCGGCCGAGAUGCAGGCGCUGGCCCACGAAUCGACGCAGUUGUUGGAUGGGCUCAUGCAGCGGUCGUUGGUCAAGUAUUGUCCUACUCAAUUUCUGCUGAUGCGCGAACCUACGAUCGACGAUGAUGACGACGAGGUUAACAACGACAACCGUAGGGACACUACACAAGACGCCGCACGCGGGUUCGCCACCUGCAUGUCCGCUCUCAGACAGCUCGGGCAGACCUACUGGCACGCCCAGUUUUACCACGAUUUUUUCCAGUUGGCAGCAACGGCCGGUCGGACACGAGCAAGAACACGCGUACGAGCACAAGCACAACCAUUUAGGACCCGCCGUGGCCACGAUGCACAGAAGAGGAAGGGGAUGGAGGCCACCGAGUCGAAGACGGCGACGGGCAGCAAGCGAGCCAAGGUGGCUGUGCACGCGGUGGAGACCACGGUAGAGGCGACGGUAGGCGUUGACCCGACACCGACCCAGGCGACGGCCAUGACGGACGCAAUUUCUCAACCGCACAGCAACAGCAUGGUCCCGUUGGAGCAGAGUCUGGACUAUACUGGCUGGGGACGUAUUGACCCACUUCUGCGGCAGACUCUUGUUCCACUGGAAGGCAACAGCGACACCUUAUGGCCUGCCGGCAACUGGGAUACGGGCGGCCUUGAUGCGUCUAGUCUUGCGGUGUAUCCGGGAGACCCUUUAAACUUAUGGAUGUGGAACGGAGGGGACAACGCUUGGACGGCAGACCAGGCGACGCUGUUUGACGACUGGCUCAACGACGACGCCUUGUUUCAGAGCCUCUUUCCGUCGGCGUGA